AUGGAUGACUACCAUGUUAUGGAGUUGAUUGGUGAGGGUAGCUAUGGAAGAGUUUAUAAAUGUCGAAAGAAGUAUACUUCAUUGAUAUAUGCUAUCAAAUGUAUAUCAAAGAGUGGCAAACAGGAGAAGGAUAUAAAGAGUCUAAGACAAGAGAUUGAUAUAUUGAAGAAACUAUCACAUCCCAACAUCAUACAGCUAGUCGACUCCUUCGAGACAUCAAACGAGUUCUGUGUAAUAACAGAGUAUGCUCAAGGAGACUUAUAUAGGAUCAUAAAGGAGGAUAAGAUAUUACCUGAACCAUUCAUACAGAAGGUGGCCGCUCAGAUAUUGCUGGCAUUGCAUUAUCUUCAUUCAAAUAGGAUUAUACAUCGCGAUAUUAAACCUCAGAAUAUAUUGAUUGGAUGCGAUGGCGCCAUGAAGUUAUGUGACUUUGGCUUUGCAAAGUUCAUAGGCGGACCAAGUGCCAACACGCCAAUGUCAACGACGAUCAAAGGCACGCCACUAUAUCUGGCGCCAGAGGUGGUGCAAGAGACACCCUACGACAACAGGGCUGACCUCUGGUCGUUUGGAAUCAUCCUGUACGAGUUGUACGCGGGACAUCCACCAUGGUCCUCAACCAACCUCUACUCACUCGUGCAGCUGAUUGUCAACUCGUCUCUGAAGCUGCCUGCCACACUGCACCCACAAUCAGACUUUGCCUCGCUGCUGCAAGGGCUGCUCGCGAAGGAUCCAGAGGAGCGACUGAACUGGCCCGACCUGCUGCGACACCCAUUCAUCGCGGGCGCACUAGCAUUGCCCACCUCCCCCAUCAAUCAAUCUCAACCAUCGUCCUAUCGCAGGAACAGGCGUGGUGGCAGCGGCAAUGGUAUCCCAAUGCCCUCUUCAGGCAGUCCCCUCAUCAUCUCGACCGAGGCGUCAUUGCCCUCACCCGACAUGUUCAGCAUCUCAAACACACGAUCAUCACCAAAGAUAGUGCCAUACCUAGGAAUGAAGCCUAUUUCUGUUGUGGACACAUCGCAGCAACAGCAACAGCAACAGCCAUAUCAACAGCAACCAUAUACAUCCCCGACUGUGCAGUCGGUUGGAGCAGCAUCUCCUGGCAAGGUGACGCGACCACAGACACCUCAGGUCAUGCUGAACAACAACAACCCGAGUAUUGUGGUCAAUCCGAUCAGCACACCAACAUCGCGAGGACAGGACAAGAGUAGAUACACACCGAGCCCAAGCGGCAUGCGUCCAAUGACACCGGUGGUCGUGAUCAAUCGACCGCCCACGCCCUCCAAGACCAACUUCUCAUCCUAUCUCCCGCCAAACAUGGCGCCCAUGGUCAUACGCAGUCCCCCCACAACGCCCUCGGGCGUCAACCUCGAUCGAUUCGACCUGGAGUCGCCCGUGGACAACAUUGACAGCACAGAUUACUGGCAGCAACAAGAGAACAAGUCGGCAAACAAUGAGCAGGGCGCGUCAAUGCUCAGACGUGACCGUCUUUUCUUGCAGAAGCUACUCAAUCACAUACAGUGGGCGCACUCAUCGCACUAUGCCGAUUUGCUACAGCCCAUCCUUCUGCCCAUUCUCAAGACUCUUUCCAACAUUCUCACACAUGGCAAGCUCAACUAUCGACCACCCUCUGGCAGCGCCCCGCCGCCACUGUCGCCGCCAUCCACACCGCCUUCCCUUCCCCCAACACCAGCCUCAUCAAGCAAUGUCGAGCUGCUAUUCAAACGAACAUUCUUCACCGCCUUUGUCAAUCUGCUGUCACACCUACUCAUCGAUCUAAACAAUAGCGUAGGACCAAACUGCAGCACGCGUAUCAAUCUCCAGCUUCAACAGGAUCUACUGCGGGAGUGUCUUGGAUGUCUGGCACUUCUCCUGCAGCAAUCGCCACCUUUGGCCACAUCACAGAUGGUCAGCGUCAACUACCCUUCAUCGCCAUCAUCCGCACUCAUAGCCUUUCAAUUCCCUCCACAGUCUCGCAAGUCCUCUGCCUCAUCCAAUCACUCAUCCACCUCAUUGCUACUCUCAAUCUUCAAUCACAUGACCAAGAACAUCGAACAGUUCGACAGAUCUAACAAGUGUGCCAUCAUCAAUUUGCUGUCCACAUUCUUUAGAAAGAUUGGCGAAUCACCUACACAUCUCAGCGACUUGUACAAGAGGAUAAUGGAUAACACUGACAUACUGCGUUAUGUUUGCAACUACUUUGUACAGCUUGUCGAGACGAAUAGUUUAGCCAGCUUGAGUAUCAGUGAUGUAAAGUUAAACAAUGACGAUGACACUGUGUUCAUGUCAUUGCUACAAUGCUUGGUAUCAUUCCUGUUCACCUCCCCGACCAACAUCUACGAGUUCCCACUCGGUGCCUACCGUGUCACAUCAUCGAUGACUCCCAAUCAGAACACAUUGAUCUAUCAGACGGCAUGCAACAUCAUUGGCGACACACUUGCAAAGGAGGAGAUGAUCCACUGGCUCUACGACUCACUGUCCAUGAGAGAGGACGCUCGAUACUACAUCCUACAACUGUUCCUACAUUGUAGUCGCGCGUCCAGCUCAUUCGCUGAACUGAUCAAUCGUGAAGAACGUUCAAUCCUUGCGCAACUAUCACCGCCCAAUGUAGACAGGGCCAAGCACUCACUGUUCUACUACCUUGAGUAUCCAUUGACACUCUCGACCUCUUCAUUAGCGCCCACCCAUACACCAGCGACCAUUCAAUCAUUGGUCCUGCUCUCACUGGGGACCAUAUUGAUGCAGAUACCAGACACUGUCGAAUGGAUAAUCAGAUACAGCCUGGAGACCAUCCUAUCCAGGUACUUUGUCUCGGCAGACUUGGUGUUAUCGUCAUGCGCCUCAUACUUUAUCGGCUCGUUCCUUACAGAGUCCAUCAACAUUGAGAAGAACGAUGCAAUUGCCAACAUGGAGCAGCUGACCAACGCCAUCAACACCGUAUCCGCUGUCAUUCCAAUCAAGAACAUCAGGAAGUUGUUUGGCUCCAAGCGCGUCGAAGGAAGCACCCUAAGGGACAUCGAGGGAGGCUGCAUGGGCCGACCCUAUCUUGGAAUGCUUGAUGGAUGUGCCUGCAUCCUGCUGCGACUGAUCAAGAGAAAUGAUCAAACAUUCUUGGAAGACCUUUUAGAGUCUGGAGUAUGGGAGACACUGUGCCAUCAGAUCAAUAACUUAACGAGCGAGUUUGAGUUGUCGCCAAUGGGAUUGGUGUAUUGUCUGAGGGUGGUGUAUGAGGUGUUGCGCAAGAGCAGCUCACAUAUAAGCUACUUGGUCAAAAACAAUCUGUUGGUAUCACUUUGUAGUCACCUGCAACCAAUGCAUCUGGACAAGCUGAAGGAGUGGCCAUCGAUCCAAUCUGGUGGCUCAAACGGCCUGUGCUCACUAGUAUCUCAGAUCAUCUUUAUACUCUAUCUGCCCGACGCCAAGAACAACAACAACAGCAGUAGUGCACAUCAGCAACAAUCCAAUGCUCCACUAUUUGAACUGAUCAGACACAUCAUGUUUGAGUACGAACUCAUCAAGAACAUGAUCCUACUGCUGCCUCAACUGCCCAUGGAGUUGGUCGAGCUCCCACUAGGACUUCUCUCCACUCUCAUCCUGGAAGACCCUCAAUUCGCCCAGCAAUAUGUGGACAAUGGUGGACUGGAGCCACAGAUCAUUGGACUAUUACUCAACACUGAUAGGAAUCCAAUUGUUAUAAUUGUAGACACAUUGUUAAUACUUAGUCAAUUGGCACGUCUGUCAAUAGACUACCAUCGACUGCUGCACAAGUCUGACUUCUACUUCUGGCUCGGUCGUCUACUAAGCCACAAUGACCCCAGCGUUCGUUCCAAGACCUGUAACCUCAUUGGCAACCUGUUCAAAUAUAACUCAUACUUCUAUAAGCCAAUACAGUCGAGUGGAGUGAUACCGAUACUGAUCGAUAGAUGUAGCGACAUUGACUCGAACACACGCAAGUUUGCAUGCUUUGCCAUUGGUAAUGCUGCCUUCCACUCGGACGAGCUGUAUAGGGACUUGGAGCCAUGUAUAGAGUCACUCAACAUGAUACUGUCUGAUGAGAUGGAGGAGGAGAAGACGAGGUCGAACGUGGCUGGUGCACUUGGUAACUUGGUUAGGAAUUCAAACUACCUGUGUCAACACUUUAUCAAUAGUGAUACGAUGGGUAUCAUGCUGGAACAACUUGGCAGCAGGGCAUUGACAAAGAACCUACUGUUCUCCCUUGGGAACUUCUGUGCCUAUGAAGAGUGUCGACAUUCUCUUGCCACAAAGUACCGUGUAAUGGAUAUCCUAUCACGACUUCAAGUGGAUCAAUCCUCUAUGAAGUAUCUACAGCGACUAAAGAACACGUUCAACUAA